AUGGAAGAAGGUAGCAGCUCACGCAGUAAGAAAAGGCCUGCAGAGGACGAGGCAGAUAGCAGCUAUCGCAGUAAUAAAAGACCUGCACUGGAGGAGGCAGAGAAGGAGGAGGCCGAGGAGGUUCCAUUUGAUCCACGGAGAUGUCUGACGCUGCAAGAAAUAAUUCAACAUUCGCCGUCAGGGAAAGAUGGAAUGGAGUGGAAGAUGGAGGCGUAUUACCGGAGGGGAGGUUGCUUCUACAUUAGGCAAGUAGGCAUGGCAUGCAAACUGUCUCGAAAAGUUAUAACGAGGGCCUCAUACUACUUUAACAAGUUCUUUAUGCUACAAUCGUUUGCAAAUAUCAACGCAAGGACUAUUGGAACUGCUUGUAUGUUAAUUGCUAGUAAGGAUGAAGACAAACCUUAUAGCCUACGGAAUGUUAUUGUUUUUUCCUAUUGUCUCAAUCACCAGCACAAUCUUGAAGAAGCUAUGAAGCGCAUAAACGAGAGUCAGGAAAUAUAUAACUCACGGAAAGAGUUAAUCAUUCUUGCAGAGAAGCUUGUACUUGCUACUUUAAAUUUUACUUUUGAAAUUCUACAUCCCUAUGACUUCCUUACAGCCUACGUGACAACCUUAGCCAUUAAGCCUGUCGAAAAGAGCAAAGUUGUUCGAGUUGCCUGGGACUUGGCCAAUGAUGGGAAUUUGACAACGCUUAGCUUGCAAUUCUGGCCGCAACACAUUGCAGGAGUUUGCAUUUUCCUUGCUGUCAAGUUCCUAAAAUUGAAGCUUCUGGAUAGUAGUGAGAGCUAUUGGUGGAAUACGCUUGGAAUCACCCAACAACAAUUGGAAGUGAUUAGCAACCAGUUAUUUAGAAUCUAUGUGGUCCUUAGAAAAGGAAGAAACCUGGAAGGAAAUGCAGGUGAUGGAAGGGGAGCAAGAGCUGAUGCAGAGGCUCCUGCUACGAAUGAGGCGCAAGCACGUGAACCGAAUCCAUCAUCUAAAGGAAAAGAAGUAGUAGGAUGUGCAAGUGGUGCUGGAGACGGAGAUGGAACAAGUACUGCUGGAGAUGGAGAUUUAGCAAGUGCUGCUGCAGAGACUCUGGUCCUGCUACUACAUCAGGCGCGAGCAGUACAGCAGGCGCAAGCAGUACAGCGAGUGCAAGCAGACGAGCCUAAUCCAUCGUCGUCUAAAAGAGAAGAACAGGUGGAAGGAAGUUCAACACCAGCUGCUGCAAAUGCUCUGGUCCGUCCUCCUAGGUGUAACCCCUAA